ACCACAAAGAGAGAGCAAUCGAUUGUCCAGUCAUUCUCUGAGCCCAAUUGAUUAUCCAGUCCUUCCCUGAACCCCUUGCUUUACCUUCCUCUCUUUCACGCUCUCUACAAUGCCUUCUCAGAAGCCACCCUCUCCUCAACGGACGUGGACCGCUACUCUCACAUUCGUCGCCGUCGCCGUCGCGGUGCUGUCUGCAGUCUUCUACUUCCUGGAUUCACAUCUGGAGUGGUUCUACAUUUUUAAUCCAAAGGAUCUCCAUGAUCUGGCUCAACGUGCCAUUGGCGCUCAUGGCAAUGAUACCCGUGCCGUGGUUGGGUUCAUUGUCGACGAGUUGAGUGAGAAGUUGCCGGGCGGAUAUGUGAAUCUGGAUGAGGAGUGGAUCUUCAACAAUGCGGGUGGUGCCAUGGGCGCUAUGUACAUUAUUCAUGCCAGUAUUACCGAGUAUUUGAUCAUCUUCGGCACCGCCAUUGGCACCGAAGGCCAUACUGGACGUCACACGGCAGAUGAUUACUUCCACAUCUUGGCCGGCACUCAACUUGCCUACUCUCCAGGAUCAUAUGAGCCAGAGAUCUACCCCCAAGGCAGUGUGCACCAUCUUCAUCGUGGAACAGUCAAGCAAUACAAGAUGGACGAGGCGUGCUUUGCGCUUGAGUACGCAAGGGGUUGGAUCCCACCCAUGUUGGGAUUCGGGUAUGCCGAUACCUUCACGAGUACCUUGGACUUCCCCACAUUGUGGAGAACGACUUGGGUUACUGGUAGAGAGAUGAUCUCAAACUUAGCCAGGGGAAAGCUGUAAAUAUGGCUUUGUGUGAUACGAUCAAAGGACGGCGGGGAUUGCUCGCUCCUCAUCUGAGUUGAAGCGAGGUAUGGAUUGGUAGGCUAUAGGGCUGGAAUGGCUACACUUAAAUUGAUAGCUAGCCAAGUACUGUAUAGGUGCUCGCUCUAUUGGUCUACCUGGACGGUUUGGUAUGUGUAUAUUAUGUAUUUGUACUCCGUGAUGGAAGUAGGAGCCAUGGAAUUCUGCCUGCAUCUGGGGCACCAACACAAGACCUCAGGAAUAUCCUCAGAAAUUUGCAGGAGUAGGAAUGUUUCCUCAUUCCCG